AUGUUAUAUUGUGAUACAGUUGGGAGGGGGUAGGAGUAAGGUUUUGAGGCUACUAUUAGAUUGGGCUAAAGUGUCAACAAUAAUGCCAAAUCAACACGAUGAAAAUUAUAAUAAAAACGAUUAUAACAAGGGAAGUAUCCGAUCUGCUUCGCUCUGAUUGACUUCAAACUUUUUACAUAGAUAGAUCAUGUUAAUAUAAGGCACUUAUCAAAAUACUAAAUUGCACUUUACCAAAAAUUCGAAAAAAUCUAGAUCAAACAAUUACGUUUUGAAUCGCCCGCCAAAUUGGCAUUGUGUUCCAAGCUUAUGGCUUUACUUUUUUUUACUUUUUAUUAUUUUUCUGUAAUGUAUGUACCAGCAUAAGACCUUUAAAUGAACCUAAUUUUUUAAUUUUGUAAGUCUAGUUUGUCUGGAAAGUCAAAAGAAGUGCUUGAAACACAAUGCCAAAUUUUGCCAAAUUGAGAUAAAAGCCAAAAAACUUCAAAUUAAAAACUUAAAAUUACAAGCUAAAUUUUUUUAUAUAUAUUAGACUAUAUAUAAAAUUUAGAUUUCUGGCGCUGGACGAGCCGACAGCCGGCGUGGACCCGGCGACACGACGUCACAUCUGGGACCUGUUGAUAGCGAUGCGAACCCAGAACAAGGCCAUUCUGCUCACGACCCACUCGAUGGAAGAGUGCAAAGCGUUGUGUACCAGGAUCGGCUUCCUACGUGCCGGUCGACUACGAGGCAUUGGUACUAGUCAGCACCUAAAAAGUCGGUACGGCAACUCGUACCUGCUGACAAUCGUACUGAAGAGCACGAGGAAGGAGGACGUCGAGUACGUGAAUAAGGUCGUUUCCAAAGCGUUUGAAAUCCCGCUGACAGCCGAUCUGGACCACAAAUCGAUUAGUUUUGAGAUUCCGAAAAGGUCGGACGUCUCAUGGAGUGGAAUGUACGAGAAGGUGGAGAGGGUUGUCAGUGAGGUCAAUUCUCAAGGAAAAUCUAAAACGACAUCACACGAAUCACAAGAGCUUAAGAAAAUGAUUGAAUAA